AUGGCUGAAGAAGACAAGAAGGUGGACACCACCACCGAGACCAAGCAAGAUGACAAGCCCGUGACCGAGAAGGCUUCAGAGGCAGCAUCUUCAGUCAAGGAGAACGUCUUCAGCAUGUUCGGUGGCGGUCCAAAGAAGGAGGCGAAGCAGGAGAGCACCGAGGACAACGACCGCUCUGGCUCGGCGAAAGCACAGAAGGACAAGGAGGCUGCUGAGAAGGGCGACGAUGAGGAGAAGGCAGAUGAGGAGGAGGCAGACGUGCACUUCGAGCCUGUCGUCCACCUCACUCAGACUGUCGAGACCAACACUGCCGAAGAGCAAGAGGAGCAGGCUUUCAAGAUGCGGGCCAAGCUGUUCAAGUUCGACCGCGAGAGCAGAGAGUGGAAGGAGCGAGGCACCGGUGACGUCCGACUGCUGAAGCACAAGGAGAAUGGCAAGACGAGGCUGGUGAUGAGACGUGACAAGACUCUCAAGGUCUGCGCAAACCACUAUGUCGUUCCCGACAUGAAGCUCUCGCCAAACGUCGGCAGUGACCGCAGCUGGGUUUGGAACGCAGCAGCCGAUGUGUCUGAAGGCGAGCCAGAGGCAUGCACCCUCGCGAUCCGCUUUGCUAACGCCGAAAAUGCCAACCUGUUCAAGGAGGCUUUCAUCAAGGCACAGCAGGAGAACGAAGCGCUCUUCAAGAAGGAAUAG